AUAUAGUGUUAUGCUUUUAUUUAAUUAUUGACUAUAUGUGUUUUUAUCAUAUUAUAUGUUGCACCUGCUUCAGUGUUAUACAUUUGACACUUAAUAAUGAUUAUUUGAUUGUUCAUAUAUGUUUGUGUAUAUAUAUAUAGUGCUUCCUAUCAAGUGCAGUCCGUAUCACUUCCUGUUGCAUGGAUUUCAAAAUAAAACAUGAAACCUUCAGCAGUGAGACCAGAGGAGGGAAUGCUGCCGUUAGUCGGAGCUGAGUUGACUCCAGUGCAGCUCUACCGACUUCUCCUCAGGUGUUGCAGGCAGUUGCCCACGGCAGCGAUGCAGCAACAUUAUCGGCACGCCAUAAGACAGGGUUACGUCAGUCACUCGGAUGAAGACGACCCGGAGAGGAUACAGAUGAUGAUCCAAAGAGCCGUCGCGGACGCGGGCUGGGUCCUCGAUAAAUACAACAAGAAGAAGUGAUGCUCAUAACCCACGGGGGUCGGUGGAUGGGAUGUUCGUUGUGUUAUUGGUUUUCGUUAUUGUUGAGAAGUGAAUGGUGAAGCAACAUCUGAUGGACUGUUUGGACUCGUCAUUAUCUAUAAAGAAAAAGUGUAAAUACUGUUCCUAGAUUGAAAUGACAUGACUGUACUGUAAUUCUUUUUAAAUAAAUUGAUCCUCAAUAA